CGAUCUUAUUGAUCAAUUUUUCGUCAGAUGCAGUUUACUGAUUAAUCAUCCAACAAUCUUGCGGAUGUUUGUAACGCAUACUUUCUAUUCUCAGACACAAGCGGAAAACUGAAGACUUGGAAGUAAAGUAUUCGCAAACAUUGGAAAAUUAUGAAAAUAUCAAAAAGUCAAACAAUGAUCUUAAACUGGAAAUGAAAGAUUUAAAGGAACAAAUAUCAGGUAUUAUAGCUAAAGAUAAGGCUAUUGAAAACUUUGAAAAGAAACCCAUAUUCGAUGUACGUGUUGAUAAGCUGCCGGAAUUUAAACAGUAUUGUUAUCAAGACCCUGCACCGGUUGAUUGUAGAACUGCAACGAAAUGCACUCAAAAAAGUGGUUAUUAUAAUAUAACUCUAGCUGGCAAAAAGUCAAAACAAAUAAUGGUCUUUUGUGAUACACAGACCAAUGGUGGUAAUUGGCUGCAUAUUUUACGACGUCACGAUGGUUCGGAAAAUUUUUCACGCCCAUGGUUAGACUAUGUAAAAGGUUUUGGUCAGGUGGAUGGUGAAUACUGGAUAGGUUUAGAGAAUUUACAUGCUCUUACCAACUACAAUGGCCGCCAGCAAUUAUAUGUCUAUAUAGAAAACUUUGUAGGACAGUGUUAUUCUGCUCUUUACGAUGACUUUGUAGUGGGAAAUGCUAGCGAAUUAUUAAAAAAUGAGUAA